CCUGCCCUGCAGCUUCCAGCAGUCCUCCUCCAGCUCUUCAUGUACCUCUGUCAUCUAAUAUCCAUCUGCCCGUCUGCCCCUGGCAUCCCACGAUCAAAGCCUCCACAUCCUCCAUCGAGCAGUGGUCCCUGCCUCGCGAGACCAUGCACGCGCGCCUCCCGACCCGAGGACCUCUCGUCCAGCUCCCGCACCGCUAAAUCACGCGGCACCUAGGCCAUGGCAUCCCUCAAGCCGCCGCUGGCAAAGCAGCCAUCCGCCAACCACCAGCUUGGGGAGCAGCCCCUGCAUCUCACCAUCCGCUUCGCCGCCUCGCUUCCCGAUCUCGAGCUCGACAUUCUCCACCCCUCUUCAACCACCGUCGUCUCUCUGAAGCAUACAAUCCGCUCCCGUCUCGAUGCCCCCGACUCGGAACGACGCCUGCGCUUCAUCCACGCCGGCAAGAUCCUGCCCGAUGCCGCUGCCCUCAGCACUGUUCUCAAGGCCCCUCUACCUCCACCGCCCCGCGCCGACUCGACCGCCGGUAGCUUCGGCGACUUUGCCAGCAGGCUGAGCGGCAAUCGAGACAAGAGCAGGACACGGGGAGACAGUGGCGGCCAUGAUGAUUCCCACGACUCAGCAGCCACAGGGGGCAAGGGCAAGUCUGUCCCUGGACGGCCCCUGGCGCAGCGCAUCUACGUCAACUGCAGCAUCGGCGCGAGCUUGACUACCGCCGAGCUCGAGGCUGAAGCAGAAGCGGCAGCCGCGCCCCCAACCGCCUCGCCAUUGUCGCCCUCGCGGCAGCCUUCUGCGAUCCCCUCUCGUGCAUCAACGCCGCUCGGUCACGAUGGCACGCCUCUCCCGUCGACGACUGCAGCGCCGCGGGGUUUCGACAGACUUCUGAAUGCAGGGUUCACUUCUGCCGAAGUCAACCAGUUACGGCUCCAGUUUCGCAGCCUACAUUCGAGCCGUUUUACCCCAGACACCAUGCCCUCGCCAGACUCGUUCCGGCGGAUGGAAGACGCAUGGAUCGACGACAACCAUGCCGGCAGCAGUGGCGGGAAUACAGAUGGCGGCGGGUCCGCAGGGGCAGGGGCCAGCUGGGGCGAAGACGGUGGUGCCGGAGGAGGCAACACCGGCGGUAGCACAGACACCGACGAGACCGGACUCGCGGGACUCACCGAUGUUAUGAUCCGUGGCAUUGCGACGGGGUUUUUGUGGCCGCUGGGUUCGGCGGGCUGGCUCGCAAGGGAGGAGGGCCUCGCCAGUCAGCGAUGGCGCUUCAUGGUUGGCAUUGGGAUUGCAUUCAGUUUCCUCCUCGGUAUCAUCAGGACGAUAUCUGGACCGGUCGAGUAAGAAAAUGCUGGCGCUAUAUGCUGCUGGAAGUUUAUAAAGUAACCGGGCAUGCAAGAAAGUCCCGUGUACCUAUAGUGCUUUCUACACGCACGACACAACUGUUUGGGAAGCAUCGGCGACGGCGUUAUGGUGCUUAUAUAUUGGUUGAUCCCACGGGUCUUGCUGCUUCCUUACCCAGCAGAGCACUUUACAUAUCCCUCAGAAGCAAUGGUUGUGUACACUAGCUCUAGACAAGAUGCAAAUUAUGGACCGAGAUGUUGGCAGUCACUACAACCCUGGAUUGCCGACAAGACACAAG